AUGGAGCCAGUGGAAGAAGCGGGCCUAGAAGAGCGCCUUAAAUCUGCUCUCUGGUUAUCCAUCGGCAAGAUUGUCGAUGAGGAGACGAUGAAGCUGGGUGUCAAUGCGACACCCCAGUUUAUCGGUGCGUUGACCGAGAUUGUGUGGUCACAAAUCGGUACGUGGAUGGGUGUCUUCUGGGUGCUCCUGGGGGUGUCUGCCGUUUGCAAACACCGCGAAGGAAUCGAUGCAGCGCUAAACCAUACGGCAGAGACGGUCGGACAGGAUCUCGAGUCAUUUGCCAAGCACGCGGGACGGUCCACCAUCAAUGUCUCCGACGUGAUGCUUCUCGCUCGUCGGAACGAGGGGCUAGAAUCAAUUCUCCGCGCCUUUGUAGAGCAGCAACAUGAAGAAGAGUCAUGA